UAGCUAGGAUAUGCCUAGCCCGUAUACCGGGCGUAGGUAGACUACGCACGAGAGGUUUAAAUGGAGGUGUUCCGCGAACAGUCUCGGUCGUCCUUAUCUCCUCCCUCGCCUCCCCGUACGUCAUCUUGUAUCGAGAGUAAGCACAUUGCCUUGGCUCGGGAUCUGCUGUGAUAUUUACCGUCCUCAUCUUGUCUAACUACUCGCCGGCCGACCUUCCGGCCUGUAUCCCUUGCUGGAAUUACUCCGUCUCGAGCGGUCCUCAUAUAUCGAAAUAUCCCUCCUCUCCUUUACGAGUCCACCCCGCUCACGAAGCCGUAACCCAUCUCUAUAUCGCUACACCCGCCCACACGCCCACACUUACACACACACUCUCACGUUCUGCUCUACUCUCUCCCUCUCCCUCUCCCUCUCCUAAGUCAUGGCUCCCGGGGCACUAACAGAAACUCCGCCGGCGUCGACUGGGGCUGGUGACAACCUCACCGCACAACCGCAGCAUGCUGAGGCGGUCGCCAACUUCCAAGGCUACGACCAUGUGACAUGGUGGGUGGGCAACGCGAAGCAGGCGGCGUCGUACUACACGACGUUGUUCGGGUUCCGGACGGUGGCCUACCGCGGACUCGAGACGGGCAGCCGGUACUUUGCGUCGCACGUCGUGGCCAACGGUGAAGUGCGCUUCGUGUUCACGUCGCCGGUGCGCUCGCACGCGCACCUGCCGGCCGACGAGCUCGCGGCGAUGGACCCGCAGGACCGCGAGCUGCUGGCGGAGAUGCACGCGCACCUGGAGCGCCACGGUGACGCCGUCCGCGACGUCGCCUUCGCCGUCGACGACGCGCGCGCCGUAUUCGAGGCCGCGGUCGCCGCGGGCGCCGCACCCGUCCAAGAGCCGCGGACGCUGCGCGGGUCCAAGGCGGACGGCGACGCGGCGGGCGAGGUCGUCACCGCCGUCAUACGCACGUACGGCGACACGACGCACACGCUCGUCGAGCGGCGCGGGUACUCGGGGGUGUUCCUGCCGGGGUUCCGGGCGCGCGCAGCGCCACCGUCGUCGGUGACGGCGCCGGCGGUGGCGCUGGAGCGCAUCGACCACUGCGUCGGGAACCAGGGGUGGGACGAGAUGGCGGCGGCGUGCGCGUUCUACGAGCGGUGCCUGGCGUUCCGGCGCUUCUGGAGCGUGGACGACAGCCAGAUCUGCACCGAGUACAGCGCGCUGCGGAGCGUUGUGAUGAGCAGCCCGGACGCGGCGGGGGCGGUCAAGAUGCCGAUCAACGAGCCGGCGCCGGGGAAGAAGAAGUCGCAGAUCGAGGAGUUCGUGCAGUUCAACGCGGGGCCGGGCGUGCAGCACAUCGCGCUGCUGACGGCGGACAUCGUGGCGGCGGUGGCGGCGAUGCGCGCGCGCGGGGUCGAGUUCAUCGCGGUGCCGGCGACGUACUACGCGGCGCUGCGGGAGCGGCUGCGCGAGGGCGGUAGAGGGCGGGCGUGGGCGCUGUCGGAGGCGGAGCUGGAGACGCUGGAGAGGCUCAGCGUGCUCAUCGACUACGACGACGGCGGAUACCUGCUGCAGCUGUUCACGAAGCCGCUGCUCGACCGCCCGACCGUCUUCGUCGAGAUCAUCCAGCGCAACGGCUUCGACGGCUUCGGCGCCGGCAACUUCAAGAGCCUCUUCGAGGCCAUCGAGCGCGAACAGGCCGAGCGCGGCAACCUAUGAUGAUGAGGAGAGGGGAACCAAAAAAAAAAAAGGCUGCAUCAUACCCUCCUCUCUUCACACACACACACACGCAGCGAGACACACACACGGAGAGGGAGGGAGGA